AUGGCAACGACCAAAAGUGGCGUCGCUCGCUAUGACUGGGACGAUCUCUCGGUACUUCACCGCAACACUCUGCCACCGCGCUCUGACUUCCAGCUCUACAACACCGAGUCGGAUGCAUUAGCGAGAGAAAAGGCAAAAGCCGUUUCGUUGUCUGGUGUCUGGAAAUUCCACCUCGCAGACUCGCCACUGGAGGCACCCACGGGCUUUGAGCAGACGAGCUUUGACAGCUCUCAAUGGCAAGAUAUCCAGGUUCCUGGCUGCUGGCAACUUCAAAAUGUCGGAGGCAGUGGUCCGCACUACACGAACAUCCAGUACCCAUUCUUCGUCAAUCCGCCGCAUCCGCCACAUGUCGAGAACGAAUGUGGAUCGUACAUCACCGAAUUUUGCGUGCCGAAGCAUUUGCAAGAGCACCAUCAAUUGAGACUUCGAUUUGAAGGCGUGGACUCUGGAUUUCACGUCUGGAUCAAUGGUCACGAGGUCGGGUACUCUCAAGGAGCGAGGAAUCCCUCAGAGUUCGACAUCACUGAGUUCAUCAAGCCGGCGGAGAACAACGUGCUCGCAGUGCGGGUAUACAAGUUCACCGAUGGCUCGUACAUUGAGGAUCAGGAUCAGUGGUGGCUCAGCGGCAUUUUCAGAGAUGUGUUCCUUUUGGGAUUUCCAGCCCGUGCCAGAUUCGAAGAUCUUUCCGUACAGACCUUGUUCGACGAGCACUAUCGGGAUGCAACACUCAAAGCAGAGGCGCUCGUAACAGGACCUGGGACAAUUGACCUCAAGCUAUUCGAUGCGUCUGGGGAAGUGAUGGGAACUGGCAUUGCAAAAAAGUCAGACCCGGAGACUAGCAGCGUAAAUCUGUCCAUUGCGAUUCGAAGCCCGCACAAAUGGACGGCCGAAGAUCCCUACCUCUACACCCUAAUUUGGCACCUAGACGGCCAAUUCUCAGCUACUCGGGUCGGAUUCCGACAAGUCGAGCUCAAGGAUGGCCUCAUCAAAGUCAACGGCCAGAGAAUAUUGCUCAAGGGAGCAAAUCGCCAUGAGCAUCACCCAAACUCAGGUCGAAGUGUGCCGUAUGAGUUCAUGAAGCAAGAUCUCAUCAUGAUGAAGCAGCACAAUCUGAACGCGAUUCGUACGGCUCAUCAGCCGAACGACCCACGGAUGUACGACCUAGCGGAUGAGCUGGGAUUCUGGAUCAUCGAUGAAGCAGACAUAGAGUGUCAUGGAUUCGAACUCAUUUGUGAUGCUGCUUUGCCCGCAUCCGCUCGUGCUUUGCCGUUUUGGGAGCGCAAGCAAUUCACUGACGAGCCUGCAAAGGAGUUUACGUCGAAUAAACCCGAGUGGCGAGACGCAUACCUCGACCGAGCGCAACAUUUGGUUCACCGAGAUAAGUUGCAUCCUUCUGUCAUUAUAUGGAGCCUGGGAAACGAAUCGUUUUAUGGCCAGAACCAUACUGCUAUGAUAGAAUGGAUUAGAGCUCAGGAUCCAACUCGUCUCAUUCACUAUGAGCCAGAUCAUGACGCUAAGCUUGUCGACAUGCAUUCCGAAAUGUACCAGAACGUAGCAGAUAUCAUCGCUUUCGGCAAGGACAAAUCGAAGAAGAAGCCAUUAAUUCUGUGCGAGUAUCUGCAUGCGAUGGGUACGGGACCGGGUAACAUCAAAGAGUACAUUGAUGCCUUCUAUGCGUAUCCGUCUCUACAGGGUGGUUGCAUCUGGGAGUGGUCGAAUCAUGGCCUGCACACGACAACACAGGAUGGGAAAGCCUUUGUUGGCUAUGGUGGCGACUUUGGCGACAGUCCGAACGAUGGCAAUUUCGUUUUGGACGGUGUGUUGAACUCCGAUCACACGCCGCGAAGUGCUCUUCUUGAGUACAAAAAGGCACUGGAACCGGUCCAGAUUCUGUCCUGGUCUGCAACAUUCUCUACUGUCACAAUCAUCAAUCGCCUGGACUUCAGCACGCUCGAUCAUUUGCAAUGUGUGGUCUCUAUCAGCGACGAAGGCGGCAUCCGGAGCAUCGACCAGCUUAUCGCUGUUCCUACCGGAAUACAGCCAGGUGCAACAGCUGAACUCCAGAUCCCUCCAAUCACUACAGUGCCCGAUACAGAGACCUUCCUCAAUCUCAGCUUUUCAUUGAAGGACGAUACUAGCUGGGCAAAUAAGGGCCAUGAGCUAGCGCUCCUGCAAGUACCACUGUCAACAUCACAGAGAUUGUUGCGACCGGCAGAGAUCCAUGGUGCAACCCUCGAGGUGGAAGCAUCUGUGACGACUCUCGCCAUCACUAGUUCAGACACUCCAUCUUGCUGGGAAGUGGACCUCGUUCGCGGACGCCUUUCAUCCUGGCAAAAGAACGGCAAGCAAUUGAUAGUCAAAGCGCUGGAGCCCACUUUCUACCGCGCGGUAACUGACAAUGACGCAUGGCAAGAUGGAAGAGAUUGGAAGGACCGAUCGCUUCACCUUGCGAAAACUCAGGCACGAAGCGUACAUUGGCAUCAAAUCGCCGACAGUAGCGUUAUAGUCGAUGUGGAACAGAGCUUUGCCGCACCGGCGCUGAGCUGGAGUCUUGAGCUGCAGACGCAGUAUAUAUUCUCUAGUUCUGGUGCAGUGACACUGACGAUCAAGGGCACGCCGAAAGGACAGAAUCUUCCGCUAACAUUGCCCCGGAUUGGUGUCGAGCUUGGCCUUCCGAAACAGUUCUACAACUUCCAAUGGUUUGGACGGGCGGGAGAAAGCUACAAAGACAUGAAGCUCUCCCAACCCAUCGGUCUUCACCGGUCCAACGUUGACGACUUGUGGACCAGUCCAGAGUACCCCCAGGAAUGCUCGAACAGGACCGACACUCGCUGGUUGAAGAUAUCAUCAUCUACGAAUGAUCCUUCCCUCACGGCACAGUUCCUAAAAGGACGAGGCGGCAAAGAAAUUUCGCUCUUCGACUUCAUGGCGAGUUGGUAUGAUGUCAAAGAUAUCGAGGAGGCAAAACAUCCAUUCGAACUUGAAGAGAAGAAGCAGGAUCAUGUCGUCCUGCGACUCGAUGCUGACCAUCAUGGACUGGGUGAGUCUUCCUCUUGCUUGAUACUCACGGCAUCUUGGAUGCCAGGCUCGAAGCUGUGA